UCGGUAAACAGCACCGCCCCGACGGUUGUUUGUUUUAAGUGUUGAACGAUCCAUCGCAGAGCGCCGUGCUCGAUUGACACUGUCUGCUGAUCUGCUACUGCGGAUAGCUCAGAAUAACACGGCUGCUCGCUAAUUCCCGUCUAUCGGGGCUUUCGCCGAAACACCGAGAGAGUAGGGUCCAGAAAAAAGCCAACAAGGCAGGCAAGAACGCCGCGCUGCCGGAGUCCGCACCCCAGAAUGGCUUCAGGAGACCUUUACGAGGUGGAGCGGAUUGUGGACAAGAGGCGGAACAAGAAGGGUAAGUGGGAGUACCUGAUAAGGUGGAAAGGUUAUGGAAGUAAGGAGGACACAUGGGAGCCAGAGCAUCACCUACUGCACUGCGAGGAAUUCAUUGACCAGUUCAACAGCUUGAGACUGCACUCACACAAACGGCCCAAAGUUCCAAAGAAUCGUCAAGAGCCCCUCGUCACCAACCAGCUAUCUGCUACAGAAAACUCCAGAGCUCGGUCUGAAGCCCGAAAGAAGAAAAGGACGUUAGGCCCAGCUGUUGGCGUUAGAGUAGGAGCUGUUCUAGGGAUUGGAAGUGGAGGGUCAGGACCCACUCAGAAGCAAAGAAAGGUUGGUCUUGGACCUGGGAAACCUGCUUUAGGGGACAGAAUAAGCAAAGCCAUGACAUAUAAGGCUCCUCCCCCUGGAGGGCCACCCUUUGUUCACCCAGUGAGGAUUCCUCAUAAUGGACUACAGAAUGGAGACAUAGAUCCUCUCAUGUACAGGACAGCAGCAAGGUCGCAUAGACUGCCUUUGGACAGAGUGGAUGGAGAACUAGGAGACAUGGAUACCACUGGACAGCAGUUCACUACUGAGUCAGGCUCCCCUCUCGCCAAUGGCAAGAUGCAUCUACACAGCUCAGUAAAGCGGAAGUUGGCUGAGGAGAAAGGCUAUGUGUUCGACAAGCGGCUCAGGUACAACGUGCGACAGAACGAGACCAGCUGUCGAUUCCGAGACAUUGUAGUCAGGAAGGAGGAAGGCUUCACGCAUGUUCUGCUCUCCAGUCAAACAACAGACAACAACGCUCUGACACCAGAGAUCAUGAAGGAAGUGUGUCGAGCUUUGGGAAAUGCAGCUGCUGAUGACAGUAAAUUAUUAUUGCUCAGCUCCGUGGGGACUGUUUUCUGCAGUGGCCUGGAGCCGUCGUAUCUGAUAGGCCGUCUGUCCACUGACCGCAGAAAAGAGAGCAGCCGUAUCACAGAUGCCGUUCGGGAGUUUGUGUUGGCCUUCAUCCACUUCAAGAAACCCAUUGUGGCAGCAGUAAACGGACCUGCUCUGGGCUUAGGGGCAUCCAUCCUGCCCCUGUGUGAUGUGGUGUGGGCCAGUGAGAGGGCCUGGUUCCAAACCCCAUGUGCAGCCCUCCACCUCACCCCCUCUGGAUGCUCCUCCUACACCUUCCCCCAGAUCCUUGGUGUAGCACUGGCCAAUGAGAUGCUGUUCUGUGGAAGAAAACUUACAGCACAAGAAGCAUGCAGUCGAGGUCUGGUGUCGCAGGUCUUCUGGCCAACCACAUUCAACCAAGAAGUGAUGCUGCGUGUGAAGGAAAUGGCAUCAUGCAAUGCAGUGGUUUUAGAAGAAUCCAAAUGCCUGGUGAGGAGUAUCCUCAUGCCACUCCUGGAGGAAGUGAAUGACAAAGAGUGCCGGAUGCUGAAGCAGCUGUGGUGUUCAACCAAAGGACUAGAGGCCCUCUUCAGUUACCUGCACAACAAGGCGUAUGAGAAGUGAUGAUCAACACCCAGAAAUCUGAUGGAUGUGGGUUAAAGGCUAUCUACAGAGAGACAUCCAGGAUGAUAACGGUGUGAUCUCAAAUUGAAGGAAAGGUUGCAUUAAGGGUCUUUGUUUCGAUCCAUCAGUGACGGGAUUCUCUGGAGUACAGUUUGCUUACAUGUCUACCAACAAUAAGUGGUCAUCUUUGUCUUCUGUUAAUCAACAUAUAUUUAUUGGACCCAUACCUGUUUAGAUGUUUUAUUCUCAAUGAGUCAAAGAGGAAAGGGCCAAAUGCGCAUUGCUUAAAUACACACUGAUGGUUGUUCCUCAGGGAGAUACAGAGUGUCUCUGUACAUAUGUAUGUGUGUAUGAAAUGAUCAGGAUGUCUGAAAUCAGAGUAUGUCUAUAAAUAGGUGAUAUGUUUUUUUUUAAUAUAUAUAUAUAAAAUUACAAGUGUGUAAGAGAUUUUCUUUCUGAAUAUAAGGAUUUUCUUUUGCUUAUUGUAUUGUACUGAAGUGUAUAUCAGAGUUUGCACGAGGACACCGUUUAUGCUCCUUAAAUGCAAAAUCCGUCCUCUCUGUAUGGACAGAAGAAAACCUGCAACAAGUGUUCAUACAUGCCCAUACCUGUCAGUGGAUCACAUUCAGUGACUGCUUUAAACUUCAUGAAACACUUAAAAGAAAUGUAACCUCUUUUUUCAUCAUGCUAUUCAUUGUUCAAACUGUAAAGUCUUGAUUACACAGAACAGACAUCUUGUUUGCCAGUAAAUUCAUUAUCAUCAUCACACCGUCAUUACAUGAAAUUAAGAUUAAUACCUGUGUACUAAUGAGACCGUCAGGUGAUUAGUGCGUAAGUACAUUUAAUAUGAUCCUUAUAUUGUCAAAAUUCAUCUGCUUUAAAAAAAGAUUUCACCUACAACAAAAACGGCAAGAGAAUCAUUAAACUUGUAUAAAUACAAAUAGAAUCAUUUAAUGCAAAUCAGGAAGAUAUGUGGAAACUGAGAACACUGGAAGCCUCAUGGGAAUGCUGGCACUAAACAUACAAAUGGGUCCAUUUUAUCUAAGUCAAAUGGCACUUUGUGUUUGAGUACAACAUUACUUUACAUGAUUAAAUGAAGGGGGGGGCACAUAUCACAUGGAAGGAUUCAGCAGAUUCAUUAGUUUGAGCUACAUAUAGUAGCUGUGCAUGCAGUAACGUGGUGGUUCAUAUGUAUUACAUGGCUUCCAGGUAUCAAUGCAGAAAGUCAUUGUGUGAAACGCGUGAUCAUCAUACUGACAUUACCUGACAGUAUUUCUUAGUUGUGUAUUUAUAUUUCACAGCACACAAAAGAGAUUAUAAUCACUUAGUCCUCGUGGUAAUCACAUUGUGACUACACUAAUUGUCAGUGAUCUAUAUUGUGGAAACGCAAACAGUCAUGUAGCUGGAGUCGACUCUGUCCUUAUCUGCAUGUGAUGACCCAAGAUUUCAAGAAAUUUUACAUUGGGAUGUAUAUUACACCUGGGGAUCUAUUUUGUUUUACCAAAAAAAUGUUGUUCUGUGAAAAUUAUUUUGUAAAUCUCUGAAGAUAUUUGUCAAUUUUUGCAGUGGUACACAUGCAGUACAGAAUGAUAUAUUAUGUGGACUGUUUUGUGUGACUAAUGGCAUGUAAUAUACUGUAUAUAUACAUGUGUUGCCUGUCUGAAUACCUUGUAUUUCAAGGUACAAUAUGUUUUGUAUAAACAUUGUAAUUAUUGUUAGAAAUGGUGCCGUUUAUUUUUGUAUUUAUUUGAGAUAACUGUUUGAAUGUGCGGUGCCAUGUGGUUUUAUUUUCUCCAGAAGAACCCCAACUCUCUUCAUCAUCCUUUAUAAAAUAUCCCAUAAAACCUUUGAACAAAAUGGGUCAGAUCAUUUAUACAUGCAUUAUUUCAAAGACCAAAAUAUGUAAACACUAUUCUCACUUGAAUGUUAACAUUUUCAGUUGACAUGGGAUAAGGUCAUUUGUUGGAAAUUAUCAAAAGGCAUCUUAGAUAAUUAGGGCUGGGCAUCAUUCUAACAUUUUUUGAUACUGAUACCAAUACCGUGAGUUUGAUAACGGUUCCUGAACAAUACUU